CGCUGCUAAUCAUCGCAAAAUCAAACAUCGUAAUCAUGGUCAAAUACUAUGGAUAUCUGGUGGCAGAUGAGUGGUUGUACCAGCGAGCCGUUGAGUUGGGUCAUCCGCGCCCCAAGACGUACGAUGACUCAAUAGACACCAUUAUCCUGGCUUCGAGGGAUGUUAGGACAGAAACGGGCGUUUACACCUACACCAAAUUCCGUCAAGUGAAAACUCUCAAGGGGAAAAUCUUCUGGUGCAUUGCCUUCGCUGCGAGCGAUCCUUGGGACGGCUUACCAACCAGCGCGCCCCCCGAGGAAAGAUACAAACCUUUGAAGGAGGCUCUGCAGAAGAAGGGACCGCCUCGCUGGUUCCGAGCUUCUUGAAUCAAAUCUUGUCUCGUUACAUGAAUUGCCCCACAUACUCGUCCGUGCGUUCGAAUCCCGAGUUGUGGUAGCGUACCUUCUCGCCGCUAUUCAUGUAUUGGUUUGAGGAAAGGAGAUCCCUGGGUCCUCCAUUACUAGUAGCUCCCCCUCCCCCUCUUGUUGCACUAGAUUAAUCAUUUGGUCGGUGACCCUAUGUUGGAUAUACGUCGUUGUUGUGUCAAUUGAGGAGCAUUGCAAAUGAGUACUGUACUGAAUAGUCACAUUGUACGCAUUAUUCAAUGAGUAGGAACGUUUAAACUUC